AUGGAGGAAGAGAAAAAGGUUCGUGAAAAAUUAGAUCCAUGGAUGGCCUACAAGAUCUCUCUACUGGAUGCGCAACCAUACUGCGACCGCCGGAUAUUCUGCCGCCGCUUCUUGUACACCACAGCGCCCGCGCAGACGACGAACGCGCCGGUUAUGACCCCAAUCGCCACGCCGGCCUUCUGCCCGCUGUCCAUCCCUCCGCCAGAGGCGGACGAUUCCUCCGCCGCGUCCAGAUCGGCGGCGUUCGGCUGUUUCUCCCGGCUGACGCCUCCCGCAGCCGCCGGCGCGGGGGACGGAGGCUCCUCAUCGUUGUCGGCGGCAGAUCCGGCGCGCGGCGAGGGGGACGGGGACGGUGAGGGAGAGGGCGGGGCGGGAUCCGACGGCGGAGGAGCCGGAGGGGAGGAGAUGGAGAGGGAAGGGGAAGGGGAAGGCGCGGGCGGGCGGAGGGCGGAAGCCGGCGAGGGAGACGGCGGCGGAGAGGAAUCGUCGGAUUCGUCGGCGGGCGGCUGCGGAGGAAGAGAAGGAGAAUUUGCAGGGGAAUCAGCGGACAGGGAGGGUCGGGCGAGAGAGAGGACUGCGAGGAGGAAGAAGGUGAGAGAGAGAGUUGGGGAGAUUGACACCAUUGAUGAGAUGUGGGGGGAGCUUUUUCUGAGUUGA